AUGCGUGGGGAAUGUACCCGCACCAUCGAAGAUGUCUUCGGUCCCGUGGUCCAUGGCUGUCUGGAUGACUUCGACUUCACGUUGCUGUUCGAGGAGACGAUCCUCUUCGUGCUCCCGGCCUCGUGUUUGAUGCUGCUGGCACUCACAUGGCGGAUACCUGCGCUCAUCCGCGCCGAUCUUCUCGUACGCCCGUCUCCCCUAGGCCUCUUAAAAUCGGCGACAGAUCAUUCAUCCUCUGGUUUUUGUCUCUCAAGUCCUCUUCCUGGCCUUCGCCUGCAAGGACACAUCCGCCAACGCUCGGGCCACGAUCCCCGUUACUGCAAUUGGGCUGCUCGCGAUCCUUGUUAUGGGCGUCCUGUCAUUCCUGGAACAUCGCAGGUCGCCUCGUCCUCGUCCAUUCUGACGUUGUAUCUCCUGGCCGCUGCGCCGUUGAAUGCGGCUCGCGCCCGCACUCUGUGGUACAUGCCGGGUUCGGAUCGCGUCUUUAUCAGCUUUACUGUGACGGCAGGCCUGAUGGUGAUUGCUCUUGUACUCGAAAUGGCACCAAAGGAUGGGCUCAUGAAGGAAGAGAUGGUCGGAAAGCCUUCUUCUGAAGAGAGACGCGGUAUUGUGGAGCGGUCGUUACUCACUUGGAUAGUCCCAGUCUUUGUCCACGGUUACCGGAACACAUUCACAUCCGCAACGAUGCCUUUGGUCGACCCCAGGUUGACUACGUGCAGACUCAAAGGCACUGCCAUCACCGAUCUGGACAAAUCACUGGUUCACAGUCUUGUUCAGCGUCACUGGCGAGACUUGCUCAGUCCAGUGCUCCCACGCGCCUGCUACCUGGGCCUGAGCCUAGCACAAGCCUUUCUUGUCGAGAGGGCCACGGCAUUGGUUUCUAGUUCCGAGGCCACUCAACAGUCCAAGAACGCGAUAGUGGGUGCCUAUGUGUUGGUCUACCUUGGCCUGGCAGUUACAUACUCUCUUUAUCGCCAGAAUGCCGUGCGGGCGGCCGUCGCCAUGCGAGCGAGCCUGACCGACUUUAUUUUUCAGCGCCUUUCCCACCUCGACUCUGCGGUCGAGCUCGCCGGCUCAGCGACGACCUUGGUGAGUGCAGACAUUGAGCGUAUUCAGUUCGGUGUUCGCGAGAUCCACGAAGUCUGGGCUAACCUUAUCACCACGGUGAUCGCCCUCUACUUGAUCGAGCGUUCCAUCGGUAUUGCCAUGGUCACUGCGCUUGGUAUCUCCAUUGUGUGCAUGGCUGGUGUCUUGCUGGUGUCGGUGGCCGGCAGCGAAGCUCAGAAACAGUGGUUUGAAGCCACCGAGGCACGCGUUGCUCAGGUGGUGAAGAUCCUGGCUGAGUUCAAGAGUAUAAAGAUGAUGGGCUACACUGCGGGCCUCCUACGCAGUCUGACCGCCGCACGGCUUCUCGAAGUCCGCCGUUCGCAGAAAUUUCGAGCGUUCGUAAUUGUGAUGGCCACGUUGGCACAAGCCGCCACCGCACUGGUCCCGGCUCUUGGAGUCGCCACUUACGCGCUACUGCACAACUCGGGCGACGGUCAGGUCAUGAGUGUCAGUCUGGCCUUCUCGGCCUUGACGCUCUUCACCAUCCUCAGUUCCAGUAUCGGACAACUGGUCGAUUCAGUAUUUGGCACAGUGACGGCCCUGGGUUGCAUCUCGCGCAUCCAGGAAAUGUGCACCAAGCACUACAGGUUAGACCCUCGCCAGACAACGAAUCCGGCGGAGCCUCCGCACGCGAGCGUGAUCAUGAACCACGCCCACGCUAAAUACGAUGAGGACGGCCACGACGUCAUCCAGAAUGCCAGCUUCGACAUCAGGCCUGGCAUGAUCGUUCGCGUUGUGGGCCCAAUCGCGUGCGGGAAAUCCACACUUCUGAAAAUGGUACUGGGUGAGGUGCACUUCUGCGCGGGGGAGGUAGCUGUGAGCGACAGAACCAUCGGCUAUUGCGAUCAGAAUCCUUGGUUUAACAACGGUAGCAUCCGGGACAACAUCACUGGUCCCGCAGCCUUCGACCCCAAACGGUACGCGGACACAAUCCGCAUCUGUGCCUUGGAGACUGACCUGGAGACCAUGCCUGAAGGAGACGCCUGUCUUUGUUCUGGUAACGGGGCCACGCUAAGCGGAGGCCAAAAGGCUCGCAUUAGCUUGGCUCGUGCAAUUUACGCACGCCCUCGGAUCUUGGUCUUGGAUGAUUGCCUGAGCGGACUAGAUGCGAACACCGAGCAUCUCGUGCUGGAGAGUCUCGUCGGUGCGCGCGGUUUUCUUCAAGAGCAUUCCAUCACCACGUUCAUGGUCUCGAGUUCCCGGAAGCCGCUGCCCAGCAGCAUCGCAACUCUUUCGCUGGGGCCUGGAGGACCUGUCCUGACUGAGGGCGUGUCACCCGAAAAUCAGGUUGAGUCCACAUUGCUCUACGAUACGAAAAGUGCGCAUGUAGCACAGGCCGGGGAUUUCAGUGGCGAAAGAGAGACCGACGCGCGACUAUCAAUCGAGGGAAACGGCGAUAACUUGGAAGGGUAUCGGAAGUCCGGGGAACUCGCUCUCUACGUCGUCUUCGUGAAGGUGGCCGGAGUAUUCGGGUUGAUGGUAUUUGUCUUCCUGCUUGCCAUUUUUGUAGUGGGAAUUACUUACCCUCAAAUUUACUUAGACACCUGGGUCACCCUGACUCCAGCCGAUCAGCACAGCAGCAUUUACACCCUUUCGGGCAUCUACUUGGGGCUGAGUGGUGUGGCCUUGUGCGCAUUCUCGGCAGCGUGUGUCCUAUUCACACUGGGAAUCGCACCCCGCAUCUCAAUCACAUUUCACUCAUUGCUGGCCAAAGCAAUCCUUUCCGCUCCCCUUUCCCUUCUUGCUACCACCGACAGAGGUUCGAUCACGAACAGAUUCGCGCAGGACCUAGCUAUCAUAGAUCAAGAGAUUCCCUUGGCUUUUAUCGGUACGGUCCUCGUCUUCCUGCAGCUGCUGGCCCAAUGCGUCACUCUCAUCAUCGGGUCCCACUAUGCGGGAAUAGCUAUCCCUUUCAUGCUGGGGGUGGUAUAUUGCAUCCAAUAUGUGUAUCUGCCGACGUCCUCCCAGCUACGGUUGCUAGACCUGGAGGCCAAAGCCCCCAUUGUGUCACUGUUCGUUCGCUCCGUCGAAGGCCUCGCGACCAUCCGGGCCUUCGGGUGGUUGAAACACACCCAGAUCCAGUCCCGAAGAUAUAUCAUCGCAUCGCAGGUGCCGUUCUACCUCUUGGCGACAGCGCAGAACAUGCUUAGUCUGGUACUCGAUCUCGUGACGGCGGCGCUGGCGAUCAUCGUCAUCUCAAUCUCGGCCGGAUCGCACGAUACGGGCCUCGGCCUGGCGCUGUACAGCAUCGUGGGGUUAGGCACCUCGACCAAACUCCUGAUCUCACAGUGGACAGAACUAGAAACCUCCCUCGGUGCGAUGAGGCGCAUCAACGACUUUGCAGAAAACACGCCCUCCGAGAUAUCCUCGUACAGAAGCACAGUGCCGCCUUACGGCUGGCCCAGCAAAGGGACUGUGGAAUUCCGCGAUGUGUCACUGGCAUACAGUGAGACUAUGCCUUCAGUCAUAUCGAAUCUAAACCUCAAGAUCGAGCCCGGUUGGAAGGUUGGAAUCUGCGGGCGCACGGGCAGUGGGAAAAGCACACUCAUCUCGUCGAUCCUAGGUCUCAUUCACAUCCGGCAGGGGAGCAUCAUCAUCGACGACCGAAACGUCUCGGUCCUCGAGCCCGAGGCGCUACGCUCGAGCAUCACGGUGGUCCCGCAGAAUACCGUGCUGCUACCCGUGGACUUGCGGACAAACCUGACUCUGGGGGCGGUAGACGUACCGAGUGACGAAAAGAUCAUUGCUCUUCUCGAGGAGUACGGGCUGUACGAAAGGUUUCGACAGCGCGAAGGCCUCGACACGCUCGUCGUCGACGAUCUGCUCUCCCAAGGCGAGCGGCAGAUUUUCUGCAUCGUGCGAGCGAUCCUGCACAAGAGUCACUUGGUUCUGCUGGACGAGCCCACGAGCCGAGCCGAUCGCAGUACCCAGGAGAUCAUCGACUCUGCCGUGCUGAAGGGCUUCGACGGCUCUACGGUACUCUAUGUCGCGCACCGUCUCGAGAUCCUCACGGUGUUUGACCGGGUCCUGAUCAUGGACCAGGGCCAGAUCGCCGAAUUUGGCGACCCGCGCGAGUUGCUGCUGCAGCCUGACUCGCUCUUCGCCAGCACUUUCACCAAGGCCAACUCCGAAAUCAGCAGCUCUAAGUUGGAGUAG